AUGGAUCCUGAACAGAAAACGGAGAGGAUAUUCGAGCUGGAGAUGCGGUACAAGCAGGCUGUCCAUCAGGCGGACCUGUUGGUCAGGGAGGAAGACGGGCGCCGAAUGAAGUUGCGCAGCAUGGUACUUCGCGAUGAUAACGCCACGCUAAAAGACCAACUCGCGCACAAGGACAAUCGCAUCAAGAUCCUCAUACAACAAGCCGACGACGCUCGCCACCUAAUAGAGUCUAUUCAGCAACAAUGCGCCCGGCAGGAGAAGCAGAUCCAGGCCCAAAUCCGCGAGAUCGCCCACCUUAAGGAGGAAAUCGCAGCAUUCAGCACAGUAUCACAGGAUUCCACAAAGAUCCUAUCCGAGAAAUUGGCCCUAACACGCGAAGUCGCCGUCCUCAAGCCCGAAAUCGAACACCUCAAAUCCCAAUUGUCACACCAAAAAGAUGUCCUCGCCGAAAAGUUGGCACUAGAACGCCAACUCAACACGCUGGAAGUCGAGCUCGCCAACGAGAAGCGCGCGGCGGAGAAGGCGGCGCAAAAGCAGGAGCGAUAUGUCAAGGAAGAAGAGGAACUCCGAAAACAGAUCCGCGAACUCGAAAAGGAACUCAACAAGGAGAGAAAGGCAGCGCAAAAGGGUGGGGACUCUCAGCAACAGGUCAAAGCCCUUCGAGAACAACUAGCGACGGCGGAAAAUAAAUUUGCGUCGGAAAAGUUCAAGAUGGAACAGGCGACCAAGGCUCAAGAGGAAAAGUCUACGGAGAUGGAGGAAGAGGUCGAACAGCUCAGAGAGAAGCUUGCCGAGACAGAAAAGGCAUUGACAGCUGAAAAGCGGGCAGCUCAGCGCAAAGCAAAAAACCAGGAGACCAAGGCAUCCGUAUCGGAGGACGAACUUGCGGCAUUACAGGAACAGAUGGAUGAGUUGAAGCAGUCUCUGGCGGAGGAAAAGAAGGAUAAGGAGAGGUUACGAAAAGAGAAUCAGCAAGCGAUCACCGAGGCCGAAGCACGACAAGCAGCGACGGACGCCAAGCUGGAUAAGUUCAGGACGAAGCUGCAGGAGACCAAAGAAGAACUCCAAACAUGCAAAGCCGAUCUGGAAAAGGCCAGAGAGAAGGCGACAAAAGCGGCGCUGGCGCUGGUAACGUCAACAACCACGAUACCGACUAAGAAGGCGGCAGCGAAGGUUGCGGGCAAGAAGAGGCGUGCGGAUGAGGUGUUGCUGGAGGACACGGCCCUUGGUACACCGGGAGCAGCCGACAGGCCGAAGCGCCCUCUUAAGAAGAGGGGAUUCGACCCAUCGGACAUGGUUCAAAAGUCCACGUUUUCCAUCACGCCUUUCCUCAACAAGACGCUCAACCCAGACGGAACCACCAAUGAGGAUGCACCGGCCGAGAGCGCGGCUGAGAAUGAAGCUGCGCCUAAGCCUACCCCGGCACCAGCAGAGGAUUCCCUCAUGGAACUUGGCGACGAUUCCGUCCUAGCACAUCUUCGCCCGACAGGAAAUACACCAACAGAGGCGAAGGUUACCGAGCAAAUAGAGAAGGCCGGAGGUGGCGCUCCGGAAACUGAGGGAGGGGAUGAGAACAAUAGCAAGCCAGAGGAGAAGGCGAAGAAGGGUCGUGGCAAGGUCAAGGCCUUAAGACCGCUCGCAGCCUCGGCAGCGUCCAAGAAGGGUCCCAUCAAGGUACCGAAAUUGAGGAUCAGCAAAGUGCCGCCAAAGCCAACAGAAGAAGAAGCCGAGCCUGAACCAGAAGCCAGCAAACCAGCCCCCAAGAAACCCGAACUCAAGCCCAAAACCAAGCCCUCGUCAGCACCCACAUCCGAAACCGAGCAGCAGCAGCAGCAGCAGCCCACCAUCUCCCAACAAGCAGCACCGCUGCAAAAGAAGAAGAAGCGCAAACUGCUCGGUAACACCAGCAACACCACGCUAUUCGAUAACGACGAUGAAGGCGAGCGAGUCGACACCAGUAUCCUUCCUGGAAAGGGUAAAGCGGUAGCGGCAGCAGUCACUGGCAAAGCGACGGCCAAGAGGGUGGUUGCCCCUCUUGGGAAGACCAUGGUGGGUAAGGUGCAUAUUGCUGGAGGGAGUAAGAAUCCUUUUGGGAAGGUGGAUAAGUUCAGCCCGCUCAAAAAGGAUCGUAGGGGGGUUAAUGCUAGCUUUUUGCACUGA